CGCAAAGCCCGCCUCGCCCAACUCAAGUCCCUCAAACGCAAACAACCCCCCACCGACGACGAUACCUCCACCCAACCACCUGCAAAAUCCCCCCGACCUUCCACCUCCCCACCCCCUACCGUCACCACCACCUACCUCUCAGGCCGCAACUACGACGCCUCCGCGCGCGGCCCGAAACUCGGCUUCGAACACGACCCGUCGGCCGCGCACGCGACGCUCGAGCAGAAAGCGUCAGCGCUUGCGGAAGAAGCACGGGCAGAGGCGGCGCGGGAGGCAGCGAGCGCGGAGAAGGCGUUGGAUUUGUUUACAUUACGGCCGCGGAAACCGAAUGCGGAUUUGAAACGGGAGUUGGAUCGGAAGAUGGAGGUGUUGGAUGUGCGAACGGAGAAUGCGGUGGCGAGGUUAAUA